UUACCCCCUUCCCUAAUCUCUGUUCUUCGUUGUUCUCAUCGGCGACAGGAUCCAGGUUUAACUUUGGUGUCUACUGGCGCUUCUUCGGCGGAGGAAGCAUCAUUAUGAGCUUGGGAAGAUUGAAAAAUGUGUUGGCAGAAGCUGCCAUUAAAGGUGUUACUGAAGCAAGAGCAAAGAUAUUUGGCCAUGUAUUGAAUCCAACUGGACAAGUAUCCCCUCACAAGAUCUUACGCAAGAAGCUUUUCGGUGAAAAGAUUGCUCAAUGGUACCCACAUGAUAUCAGAACAGAUGAUCCUCUCUACAUGGCUCAACAACAGCAAGAACGUUUAUCAAAGCUUGAAAUGUUGAAGCGACGUGGAAAAGGACCGCCAAAGAAAGGUCAAGGAAAGCGUUCAAAACGCAAAUGAUCGACUUGAGCAACUGAUGUGGUAAUUAUAUCCCAAUGCCUGUCAAUGUUUUCAGUUUUUGUCUUUCUGAUAAUCAGAAAUUGACCUUAAUUUGGGCUUACAUUUUGUUAUAGAGAAUGUUUUAUC